CCUCUCUAACUCUUUUUCACUUCCACUUUAUCUCUCAAUUUUUCGUUGUUCUCUUUCUUUCUUGCUGUCCAAACAAGGAAAAGACAAAAAAAAAAAUGCGAAGAGACGAUUUGUACAUUACGAUUCCAAGUUUUUUUCGGUGUCCAAUAUCGUUGGAUGUGAUGAAAUCCCCAGUGAGCUUAUGCACAGGUGUAACAUAUGACCGAACCAGCAUCCAGCGGUGGCUAGACAGCGGCAACAACACGUGUCCGGCCACGAUGCAAGUUCUCCAAAGCAAAGAAUUCGUUCCGAACCGGAAUUUACAACGACUCAUCCAGAUGUGGUCCGACUCAGUCGCUGGCCGUCAACCCGACGCCGACUCGGCGGCCAACUCAGUAGUUGUUCCUUCUCAAGAUCAGGUCAAAGCCUUGGUCAAACAACUUGACAACAGUUGCUUUUCAUCUUUAACGAAGAUCGUUUGUUUCGUGAGAGAAUCUGAGGAGAACCGCGAAUUCCUCGCUAGAAUGGACGGGUUUUUGAAACCGGUGUUCGAUUUCAUGAGGAAUGCGGAAUCGGACAUCAAAUUAAUCGAGCAAGUUGUUAAGAUUUUGGAUUUGAUGUUGAAUAAAAUUUCGGACAAGAAGCCGUUGUUGGAAACUAAUUGCUUGUCGACGAUUCUUCUGGUUUUGCAACGAGGGAGUUCAGAUUCGCAAAUCGAAUCGGUUCGCUUACUGGAGUCCAUCGCGGUCGAUGGCGAGUCCAAGCUCAAAAUAGCCGAAAAGGACGGGUUGUUACCCGAAUUGGUCAAAUCAUUAAGUAAAGAGAAGGAUCCAAGUUUGAUCGAAGCGAGCUUAUCUUGUUUGAUAGCAAUCACAAUGCCAAAACGCGUAAAAACCAACCUAAUCCAAUCUCGAACAAUCCCAGAAUUAAAGAACCUCUUAUCCGAACCAAACACGACCAUUUCGAUAAUCGAGAAGUCAUUAAAACUGCUGGAAACGUUGUCGUCUUGCAAAGAAGGGAGGGUGGAGAUUUGGCAUGAUUCGAUAUUGUUACAAGUGAUUGUGCAGAAAGUGUUGAAAGUAUCGAGCAAAGCGACGGAACACGCGGUGACGAUACUUUGGAGCGUUUGUUAUUUGUUCAGAGACGAGAAAGCACAAGAAGCGGUGGUUAGUGGCAACGGGAUGACCAAGUUCUUGUUGCUGAUGCAGAGCAAUUGUUCUCCUGCGGUUAGGCAAAUGUCGGCGGAUUUGCUCAAGAUUUUUCGGGUUAAUUCUAAGUCUUGUUUAUCAAGUUAUGAUACUAAGACUACCCAUAUUAUGCCCUUCUAAGGAUUUUGCUUCUGCUCUCUUUUCUCUCUACGAAUGAAGAAAGAAAAAACACCCAAGUUUGUAAAUCGAAGGAAACUUUUGUUAGUGGCAUGGUAAUGGAGAAAUUCAUUUGAUUUUAGUUAGGGGGUUUACUUCCAUUUCUUUUUAUUGGUUUGAUGGAUAUUUGAAUGAAUCAAAGGAUAUACAUUAAACUAA